AACAACACUAAACACAAUGUACAGAACCCUAAAACAUUUUCCAAGGGUGUACUGUCAGUCAAUAAAAUUUACUCGCUCCAUCAAGUAUGCAUUAACUCACAUAGAAAACAGCAACAAAAACCCUAUAAAACUGCAAAUGGUUAUUCCUUAAAACUCAAUAGUCAAGAUAAUUUAAGUGUGCUUAAGUAUUUGGAGAUGAAAGAGCUUCUCAAAGUUAUACUCUUGUUGAUCGUUUACUUGACGUGCUCAAAGGCUAUGGUACCUUAUCGUGGUUGCGACCUUAUCGGGCUAGCUCCUGGAGGUGGAUUGGGAAAGUACGAGACAACAGAGUCCAAGGAGAAAAUGUAUUCGGGUCGUAAGUUAGUUUCUGGUCCGAGUCGUAGUUCUUGCGGUCACUAAAUGUUUGGAUGGUAACUAGUAAGAUUAAAAAUGAUAAUAAGAUCUUGAUAAUGCCAAUUGUAUUUGGGUAUGUCUAUGUUCAUUUUAAGGGUUAUGAGUAUCAGAGGUUUGUAAUGCGUUACUACCUAAUCAAAUAAAUGGCUUGCGAUUCGCAAUAUAUAUAUAUA